CGCAGCGGCUGCGGGGAGCUGGGAGCCGGGCGAAGGUGCGGGGCGGGGACGCGGCCACCGCCCGCUCUGCGCCGCUCCUCCCCACGCGAGUGGCGCUCGGGCCGGGCGUCGAGGCGGCCGCGGCGACCCGGAGCGCGCUCCCCACCCACCCCGCCUGCUCCGCCCUCCCCUCCGCCCCGCGCCACCUUUGAUGGCUCGGACCUCGGCCGGCCGCCGCCUGCCUAGCUCGCGCGCCCGCCGCCCGCGGGGACCCCUCGCUCGCCACCGCCGCGCCCUCGCCUGCCCUGCAGCCCGCAGCGCGCUGCCCGGAGCCCGAACCACCGAGAUAUUAUAUAAGCUACAUUCAUCAUGGGAGAAAUAGAGCAGAAGCCCACCCCAGCAUCACGUCUGGGGGCCCCAGAGAACUCGGGGAUCAGCACCUUGGAACGAGGACAGAAACCACCGCCCACACCUUCAGGAAAACUUAUGACUGUCAAAAUCCAGAUGCUGGACGACACCCAGGAGGCCUUUGAAGUUCCACAACGAGCACCAGGGAAGGUUCUGUUUGACGCCGUGUGCAACCACCUCAACCUCGUGGAGGGCGACUACUUCGGCCUGGAAUUCCCUGACCACAGAAAGAUCGUGGUGUGGCUGGAUCUCCUGAAGCCCAUUGUGAAGCAGAUUCGAAGACCGAAGCACGUUGUUGUUAAGUUUGUUGUGAAAUUCUUCCCUCCUGACCACACACAGCUCCAGGAAGAACUCACCAGGUACCUCUUCGCCCUGCAGGUGAAGCAGGACUUGGCUCAAGGCAGGCUGACGUGUAACGACACCAGCGCGGCUCUUUUGAUCUCGCACAUUGUACAAUCGGAGAUUGGGGAUUUCGAUGAAGCUUUGGACAGAGAACACUUAGCAAAAAAUAAGUACGUACCUCAACAGGAUGCACUAGAAGACAAAAUCGUGGAGUUCCACCACAGCCACAUUGGACAAACCCCGGCAGAGUCAGAUUUCCAGCUCCUGGAGGUGGCCCGUAGACUGGAGAUGUACGGUAUCCGGUUACACCCUGCCAAGGACAGGGAAGGCACCAAGAUCAACCUGGCUGUCGCCAACACUGGAAUUCUAGUGUUUCAGGGCUUCACGAAGAUCAAUGCUUUCAACUGGGCCAAGGUGCGGAAGCUGAGCUUCAAGCGGAAGCGCUUUCUUAUCAAGCUCAGACCUGACGUGAACAGUUCCUACCAGGACACCUUGGAGUUCCUGAUGGCCGGUCGAGACUUCUGCAAGUCCUUCUGGAAAAUAUGCGUGGAGCACCAUGCCUUCUUCAGACUCUUUGAAGAACCCAAGCCCAAGCCAAAGCCUGUUCUCUUCAGCCGAGGGUCAUCCUUCCGGUUCAGUGGUCGGACUCAGAAGCAAGUUCUUGACUAUGUCAAAGAAGGCGGCCACAAGAAAGUGCAGUUUGAAAGAAAACACAGCAAGAUCCAUUCCACUAGGAGCCUUGUCUCACAGCCCACAGCACGGAAUUCAGAAGUGCCAAAACAGUCUCCACAGAGCGCCAGCCUUACGUUCAGAGAAGGUACCGAGUCUCCCGGUGGCCAGAGCUGCCAACAAGCGAAGGAAACACAAGUUUGUACCUUGGAGUCGGGAUCCCACCAAAGCCCCGCCCUCUCUAAGAGCUCUCCAGGGAGCAAAGCUGUGGAUGGAGCCGCCGUGGUGCCGCCCGAGGAAGAGGAUGAGGAAGAGGGUGGCAAGGAUGGCGUCCGGCCAAGUAACCCUCAGCCCCCGCAGCCAAGCACAGGCUCCCUGACUGGUAGCCCUCACCUUUCAGAGCUGUCCAUCAACUCGCAGGGAGGAGCCGCCCCAGCCAACGUGACCCUGUCUCCCAACCUGAGUCCUGACAACAAGCAGGCCUCUCCCCUGAUCAGCCCGCUCCUGAACGACCAAGCAUGCCCAAGGACCGACGAUGAAGAAGAGGGCCGGCGAAAGAGAUUCCCAACCGACAAGGCGUACUACAUUGCUAAGGAAAUCUCCACCACAGAACGCACGUACCUGAAGGAUCUUGAGGUCAUCGCUUCGUGGUUUCAGAGCACAGUCAGCAAAGAGGACUCCAUGCCCGAAGCCUUGAAAACUCUCAUAUUCCCGAAUUUUGAACCUUUGCACAAGUUCCAUACCAACUUUCUGAAGGAAAUUGAGCAACGACUUGCCCUGUGGGAAGGCCGCUCAAAUGCCCACAUCAGAGGAGAUUACCAAAGAAUCGGAGACGUCAUGCUGAAGAACAUUCAGGGCAUGAAGCACCUGGCGGCCCACCUGUGGAAGCACAGCGAGGCCCUGGAGGCCCUGGAGACCUCCAUCAAGGGCUCCCGGCGGCUGGAACAUUUCUGCCGAGACUUCGAGCUGCAGAAGGUGUGUUACCUGCCCCUCAACACUUUCCUCCUGCGUCCUCUACACCGGCUCAUGCACUACAAGCAGGUCCUGGAGCGGCUGUGCAAGCACCACCCUCCGAGCCACGCUGACUUCAGGGACUGCAGAGCUGCGCUGGCAGAGAUCACAGAGAUGGUGGCACAGCUGCACGGUACCAUGAUCAAGAUGGAGAACUUCCAGAAGCUUCAUGAGCUCAAGAAAGAUCUGAUUGGCAUUGACAAUCUUGUGAUCCCAGGAAGGGAGUUCAUCCGCCUGGGCAGCCUCAGCAAGCUCUCCGGGAAGGGGCUUCAACAGCGCAUGUUUUUCCUGUUCAACGAUGUCUUGCUGUAUACCAGCCGGGGGCUGACGGCAUCUAAUCAGUUUAAAGUCCACGGCCAGCUCCCGCUCUACGGCAUGACGAUCGAGGAGAGUGAGGAGGAGUGGGGCGUGCCCCACUGCCUGACCCUGAGGGGCCAGCGGCAAUCCAUCAUCGUGGCCGCCAGUUCCCGUUCAGAAAUGGAAAAAUGGAUGGAGGACAUCCAGAUGGCCAUUGACCUGGCAGAGAAAAGCAAUGGACCCACCCCCGAGCUCCUUGCCAGCAGCCCCCCUGACAACAAGUCCCCGGAUGAAGCCGCAGCGGCUGACCAGGAGUCAGAGGAUGAUCUGAGCGCCUCUCGGACCUCGCUGGAGCGCCAGGCCCCUCACCGUGGCAACACAAUGGUGCACGUGUGCUGGCAUCGUAGCACCAGUGUCUCCAUGGUGGACUUCAGCAUUGCAGUGGAGAACCAGCUCUCUGGGAACUUGCUGAGAAAGUUCAAGAACAGCAAUGGCUGGCAGAAGCUGUGGGUGGUGUUCACUAACUUCUGCCUGUUCUUCUACAAAUCACACCAGGACAGUCACCCCCUCGCCAGCCUGCCUCUGCUGGGCUAUUCACUCACCAUCCCCUCAGAGUCUGAGAACAUCCACAAGGAUUAUGUGUUCAAGCUGCAUUUCAAGUCCCACGUGUACUACUUCAGGGCUGAAAGUGAAUACACAUUUGAAAGAUGGAUGGAAGUGAUCCGAAGUGCCACCAGCUCAGCCUCUAGGGCCCACAUCUUGAGUCACAAAGAAUCACACCUGUACUGACGGCUGGACGUGCCCACUGGCUGCUUUCCUGGAGGAUACACUGAAGCCUAGUGAAAUGCACACCGUGUGAACACAGUGACCACCACCUGCGGUGGUUCUCACCCACCCUCCUUCACAGGCCUAUCUCCAACAUUGUCUUUUCCAGUAUCUUUUUGGACAGCCUUUCCCUCCAGGCCUGGGGGGAGGGGGGGGAGGGCUUGUCUUGCCAUUCUCCAGAGGCGCUUCAGCUUGUGCCAGCAUUGACACAUUGUCAUCGAGAGUGCCAAAUGACAGUCUUUGUCCUGGAGCAUAGCCAGUCCAGGGCCACACGUCCGCUCACCGUGUCAGGGAAGACGGCGGGUGAGCGUUUCACCUGCAGACUGCUGUUUUCCAAACGGAUUUUUCCAGUGUUCACAACACGGCAUGGUCUUGAGUAAAUGAGAUCAUUUUGGAUUUCAUUUUUUUUCUCCAAUCUUUCUACUUUUAUAAUAGGACAUCUGUAGGACUCACUUUUCCUGAAUAAGCAAUUUGUGGAGCACUCCGUUCCACUAAAGGGGUGGGCUCCAGUGACAGCCUGGUUGUCAUACCCAUUUUCUUGGUGGAAGCUGACCAAACUGUGUGAUUCCUAUUUACAAAGUGUAGUGGGGUUGUUUUCUGUGGAGAAGCAGAUAACCAGUGCAAUACGUGGGCGUCACCGCCCUGUGCGUGGUGUGUACAGUGGGGGCUCCUAGGCCAUGUUGUUUUGCUGUCUGUUUCACAAGCAUGAGAAGCUGUAUGUUGUUGACUGGGGCCAUUUGUGCUGUUACAUUAUGGGGCACCAAGCGAGCUUCUUGGAAGCAGCACCGUAUGGUAAUGGUACGAAGUCCCAGCCCUGGUGAUUGGCCCCAGUUCCCUGCAAGGCCGUGGUUUGGUUUGAACCUGCACAUUCUCUAGUAGUAUCUAUUGUGCCUGUCUCCAAGUCUUUCUCUUUUUUAUACUCAUUCCUUCUGGGCAUGGGGUACAGACAGGAUGACAGCCCACAUCCUGGACAGACUCCUCUGGGGGACCUGGCUGCCAAACACUACCUGAGCCUCCCAGUGGAAAAAUGUUUGCCUGCUCUCUAGGGCAGCUGGGUGGCUGCCAUUCCCUUCAUGCAUAGAACCCUCUAUCUAUAAUGCAAGCUGGCCAGGUCAGCAGUCCCCUCUCCCUGUGCCCUCCACCCCAGCAAGGGCCUUCUUACCUAAAAACAGACCCACCAACGUUGAGGGGUUAUGGCUGGUGUCAGACUCACAUGGAUAAGGAAUAAGAUGUAUCAAUCAUUUGCCUUACAAUGUACCAGAUGGUUCUAAGUACCAACAAAAGGGAAUAAAAAUACCUCACGCCACGAUCCAGCACACAAAAGUCUGAGGCAAAACCA